AAUGAUGCACUAUACAUUUGCGUAAGAGGCUUAUUUUUUGAGUUCCAAGGUCAUAAUCAAAACAUGUGAAAUGGCGUUAUUUCGUGCAACAACAAGGCUUUUGAAGCCGUCUUUCGAGGCAAAUAUUGCAUCGUCUGUUUCCCUGUAUCACAAGAAUGUGAUCGAUCAUUAUGAAAAUCCUAGGAAUGUUGGUUCCAUGGACAAGAAAGAUAAAAAUGUUGGCACUGGUCUUGUCGGGGCUCCCGCAUGUGGUGAUGUAAUGAAGCUUCAAAUUAAAGUUGAUGAAAAUGGUAAAAUCGUUGAUGCCAAAUUUAAAACCUUUGGAUGUGGAUCAGCAAUUGCCUCCAGCUCAUUAGCUACAGAAUGGAUCAAAGGGAAAAAGCUGGAUGAUGCAGUCAAGAUCAAAAACACUGAUAUUGCUAAAGAGCUGUGCUUACCACCUGUGAAGCUUCACUGCUCUAUGUUGGCAGAGGAUGCCAUCAAAGCAGCGUUAAAUGAUUACAAGCUGAAAAACCAAGGUGACCAGGCGACUGCAACUGCCUAGUUACCAAGGCAACAACGGUUACAACAAGGAAAGACUGCGAAGGGAAAGAUUAUAUGGAAUGCUGGCAUUUAUAAUUGUUGUUGAAUUAACACUUUUCCACAUGUUUGAUAUUAUUUGAAUGCUAUUCUUUUUUUUCAUGUAUAAGUACAUUUAAUAUGUGAGAAAUAUAUUGCCUCUAAAUUUUGGAUCGUUUGAAUUAUAUUCUGGUAAAAUUACCCUUUGGACAAGUGGAUUUUUUUUUUGUUUGCAAAUCUGAUGUAAAUGCACCAGCCUAUUAAGUUAAACAUUAAUCAGCUCAGUAUUAACAAAUUAAUAAAUUAAAAGGAAAUUUUUCUACCAGUAAAAGUAAACUUAUUGAGUAUAUCAUGCAUUUUGUAAAUAAAUUGUUGAUUUUUA